AUCAAAAAUCAUUUGCAACGGCAAGUAGCUAAAAAGGUCAAAGAAGCGGGGUGAGACAGAGUGAGCCCAAGCCCGUUUUGAAAGUGGAAGAAAACAUCGGGAAAAUCGUCAAGAAUUCAGUGAGAGUAGCAUUCUCCGAAACUCUGCCAUGGCGAUGACGAUGAUGCUCAAACCCACAUCGCCUGUUUUCUUCCAUCAAACAAAAAAUCCAAACAGAAGAAGAAGCUUCAAGGCCUUUUCCCUUCACAAUUCUGAAACCAGCUCACUCCCACCUUCGACACUGGUCCAUCAAUUCGACCCAAGAAUCCCCAUAGAAGAAGCUCUCACUGCCCCAAGCUCCUGGUACGCCGACCCUUCAUUUUACUCCUUCGAACUCGAUCAAAUCUUCUACAGAGGCUGGCAAGCCAUAGGAUGUACUGAACAGAUUAAACGUCCUCGUGACUUUUUCACUGGCAGACUGGGAAAUGUAGAGUUUGUGGUGUGUCGAGAUGAUAAUGAAAAACUUCAUGCAUUUCACAAUGUCUGUCGUCAUCAUGCCUCAAUUCUUGCACAUGGAAGCGGCAAAAAAUCUUGCUUCGUAUGCCCUUACCAUGGAUGGACAUAUGGGUUAGAUGGAGCACUUCUUAAAGCAUCUAGAUUAGCAGGAAUUAAGAAUUUUGUUGAACAUGAGUUUGGCCUUAUACCAAUAAAAGUAGCUACUUGGGGGCCAUUUGUUCUUCUCAACAUGGAGCAGGAUGUAGAUAGUGAUGAAGACAUAGUGGCAGAAGAAUGGCUUGGUAGUUCUUCAGAACUACUAAGUAGCAAUGGUGUUGAUUCUUCUUUAAGUUAUGUUUGUAGACGUGAAUAUACCAUUGAAUGCAACUGGAAGGUGUUCUGUGAUAACUACUUAGAUGGGGGAUAUCAUGUGCCAUAUGCACAUAAGGGCCUUGCUUCUGGUCUUAACCUCGAUUCUUACUCUACCACAAUAUUUGAAAGGGUCAGCAUCCAAAAGUGUGAAGGUGGCUCGACAGAAAAUGAUUAUGAUCGACUUGGAUCCAAAGCUCUAUAUGCUUUUGUUUUUCCCAAUUUCAUGAUUAAUAGGUAUGGUCCAUGGAUGGACACCAAUCUUGUACUCCCUUUAGGACCCAGGAAAUGCCAAGUGGUAUUUGAUUAUUUUCUUGAACCUUCUCUUAAGGUUUCUGCUAAGUCAGUCAGGGAUUUAACUAAAACCAAUACAUGGAAGGAAUUUGGCAGCGAUUCAAUCUACCCAAUCCACACUGCUUAUCAAAACGAUGACAGAGCUUUCAUAGAGAAGAGUUUGAAAGAUAGUGAAAGAGUCCAGAUGGAAGAUAUCAUGUUAUGUGAAGGUGUUCAAAGGGGACUUGAAUCGUCAGCAUACAGUGUUGGUAGAUAUGCUCCUGCUGUUGAAAAUGCCAUGCACCAUUUCCAUUGCCUACUUUACGAUAGCCUGACCAAAUGAGCAUCCACACAAAUUGAGAUACAAAAAAUUAACCAAGAAUUCCAAUUUGCAUCGCCAGUAGCUAUUGCUUAUGAGUGACUAGUCGUUUUGCAGUAUGAAGAAGCUUUAGUCCAUGUCCCCAAGUAAAUAACAAGAUUACUGAUAUUGCCACAAUUGUGAUUGUAGAAUGCUAAAGCUUCUUUUUUCAGUAAAUAAAAGCUUUCCAGAUUGUAGAACAGUUUAAAUUUAUGUGAAGCAUAUUUUAAGAACAAAUUGUAAAUUCAUGAAACUACGAUUUUGAUUUAAA